CUCUCCUCUCUCUCUCAACCUUUCGCUCUCGCUUCUACUCGUUCUAAGAAAGCUACAGCGUGUGAUAGUUCGAGUACUCGUAGGGUUUCUGCCUUCUUUCUCGCCGGAAAUGUCGAUCCAUUUGGGAACAUCCUUGGAGAUGGCCGUCUGUCCAUGUCCUGAGGCGAAACCAUUCUCAUGUUCGUCUCUACCGUCCAUACAACAUGCCCGGUUUCACAAGACUGCAUCUUGCUGGAAAUACAGAGAACCGAUCAUCUGGAAAACACCUGAUUCCGUUGUUUCUUUGAAGAAUCUGAGAUUACACAAUCUGAGAUCCAUUGUCUGUAUGUCUCAAUUGUACAGUACAUGUCAUUCUCACAGCAAAAAGAGCUAUCCAUGUAUCUUCAAGGCGCAGGCUACAGAUAAGGAUGGUGGAGUAGAAAGAAGAGGUGCAAUGGAGCAGAGAAGAAAAGAAGAGGAAAGGAGGAGAAAGAUAGGAAUAGCGAAUAAGGGGAAGGUGCCGUGGAACAAAGGAAAGCAACAUACCGAAGAGACCCGUGUUCGAAUCAAGCAGAGAACUAUAGAAGCCUUGAGAAACCCUGAGGUGCGGAGAAAGAUGUCUGAACAUCCACAACCACACAGCGACGAGACAAAGGAGAAAAUAAGAUCGUCGGUCACGAGAGUGUGGGCAGAACGGACGAAGUUGAAGCGAUCAAAGGAGAGAUUCAUAUCAUCAUGGUCAGAAAACAUAGCGGAAGCUGCCAAGAGAGGAGGAAAGGGGCAAGAACAUCUUGACUGGGACAGUUACGACAGAAUGAAAGAGGAGAUUUUGUUCGAGCAGAUUCAGUUGGCUGAGGAGAAAGCCAGAUCGAAGGAAGAAGCCAAGCUAAGAGCAGAAGCAGUAGCACAAGCAAGGGCCGAGAAGACGAGAAGACUUGCGGAAAAAAGGAAAGAACGUGAAGAGAAGGCGAUAACUAAAGCCAAGAGUGGGAAGAAAACCUAUGGAUUGAAACUUAAGCAGAGACUAACAAAGAUUCACAAGAAGAAACCGAGACUCGGUAGAGUUGAUGUGAAAAAGGGUAGAGUGGAUUCAGUGACGUCGAAAUGGGAGAAGCUGGAUUUGGAUUUUAUCCAGAAAGAGAGAAUGGUAAGAGAAUUCUCACUGGCUGAUCAGAUACAGGCGGCCAAAAGCAGAAGAAGUGCAGCACUUUAUCAACAUUGGCCUGACACAUGAGAGUAUUCAUUUCAAGAUAAUGAAAGUGAUGACAGUGUAGGAGGAGAGGAGAGGAGAGGGACAGCUUUUUCUCAGCAGUUGAAUAGCUUCUUAGUUUUACAAGUUCUCAGCUGUAAACAAGUUCUUGACUUUUAAAUUAGAAGUAAAAGCUCCUUAUACCAAACAUAUUAAAUUGAA